UUCAUUUGGCUCGGGUUGCAACCUAAUCCCGAACACAGGUAUGAAAAUCAAAAGAACCUUGAACGUCCGAUUCCAAUUGGCUCAUUACAGACCUUGAGUCCUACUCAGUACCGUUCCGAUAGGGAUGCAGCAGUCGAGUCCGGAGCCAUCUCCGGCAACUUCUCCAGGCAAGGUUGGUCCUGGCCAAGUGUGCGAUCGCUGCAGGCAAAAAAAAGUGCGCUGUGACGGGGCACUACCAUCCUGUGCAAAAUGCAAGAAUGCCGGUGUUGCCUGUGUGGUAUCAGCAAAACUUCGCAGGCGCACCAAGAUCCGCGGCUUCCAUGACUCGGCCGAUCAGAAAUUGGCCAGAUUAGCUGUCGAAAAUGAGGAGUUGAAGAGACAGCUGAAAGUUGAGCGAGAUGCAAAUGCAAUUCUUCGAGGCCAGCUUUCCGCGACACUUCCUGCAACAAAUAGUCACUCGACUCUCUCACCCGCAACAUGCAAUAUUGGGAAACUUCAUACUGGGGAGGAGCCAAGCCCGUUUCCAGAAGUACCAGGCAAUGAGCUCGUCAUUAAACACAUGGGCCGGCUUAUACCAGAUUGCGAUGGUGUAGAGCAAUUCGCAGGCUCGACUACGGGCGUCCACUUCAUCUUGUCGGUGCAAGAAGCCCUGAAGGGACAAGGGCUGCUUACGGCAUGGUUUCCAGAGAACUGCUUUCGUAUGCAUAUUGUUGCUCCUCGGCAGAUCCGCAUUAGCUCUCAUCAGCCUUCGCAAAACAGCCACCUUGACGUACAACGAAGACUGCGUUUAGUUGGUAGUAUAACGCCCUCUUCAAUAGGGGCCCGUAUUCGUGGGUUUGUCUCUGCUUGGUCAUUCUUGUGUCCAGCUAUCGCGGCAACGGAGCUAUCGCAGAACAUUGUGUCACUUUGUGGCCGCAUCAGUCGAGGCGCCGUAUUGGAUGAUCUUAGCAUGGAGGAACAGGCCAUGCUCUUCCAGCUAAUCAUGAUAACACUGUUGCCUGUACCGGGCCUAGAUCAUGGCCAGAAGCUUGACUCUCUUGGGCUGGACGACAAUAACAGACAGAAGGACUUGUUAUCGCUUGCUGGAUUGCUUUUGCCAACCAUAACGUCCAACAUGAGACUUUGUAAUGUACAAUGUCUGGUGCUCUUAUCUUUCUUCCAAUACUUGACGGGCCAGCACAAUUUAAACAUACCAUUGCGGGGCAUUUUGCUUCAGCAAGCGCAGGCUCUCGGUCUACACAGACACCACAGACGCUUCAAGUUUUCUGCCGGGGAAGUUGAGCUACGAAAGAGAUUAUGGUGGUGCGUUUACAUAUUGGAUAAAUUUACGGCUAUUAUCCAUGGACUGCCACAAACUAUCAAAGACGCUGACGUGGAUGUGGACCUCCCGUCAGACGGAGAGCUCGAGGCUACUUCAGACUCCGGGCUAACACUCCCUUUGCCCGGGGAAAAUACCCCUAUUCGUGAUUUUAUUACUUUAUGCCGCCUCAGCCAAAUACUCUCAUCGAUGCUUUCGCAACUCUACACCACAACAAAUCGCCGGGGUGGGCGUGAUAAGAUCAAAGGACUUGAUGGACAUCUGCUUCUUUGGGAAGUAAGACUUCGGAACAAUGACGAUGCGGACGAUAUUGAACACUCGUUAAAGCAAUCUGCCGAUUGCGAAUCAUCUCCAAAGAUGUGGCUGUCGCUGAUGAAGAACGUGGCUAGGCUUUUAAUAUACCGCCCCGGGUUGACAUUUGAUACGACAACGCCCCAAUUCCGCGAAUGCUUAGAUGUUUGCACUAGAGUCAGUUUCAAUAUUGUCAGCCUCUUGACGCAAGCCCAAGCGCGCGAAUUGCGCGUAAUAAUGCCCUCUGUAUAUGGGCUAGUAUUCCAGUGUGCCUUGGUACACGUAUACUACCACCUCCCCGAUCAUAGCCAAUCUCCAGCCAGGUUCAGCAAAGAAGAGAGCGCAGAUCAUGUGCAGCGCAGUAUCGAUUUCCUUCGUGAUGCUGUCUUUACACAUGCGUCAAGCAGGGACGAUGCAUUCAUACUGACUAUCACAGAUUCUGUCGCAUUACUACAAGCAAUAUCGCCGAAAGUAUUGGGCUGCUGCGUUAGCCCCACAGCUGCGUGGCACGAUUCCGCAUACGGCCCGGUACUCGAGACCAUGAAUCAAUUAGAGUCAUUGAGCUGGGUAUUCGAUGACCAGGCUAGCCCAUUUCUGUAUACAUUCGAGUAACAGAAUCAUACAACAGGACUGGUUUAUGUCCAACGAUGA